UUCGUGGUAGUGGCACGGUUUCUUGUUUUGUUUGCCGCACAAAAAAAAAACAAACCAACCGGAAAAAAAAAAAAAAAAACACAGACACGCAAAGCUUAGCAUCACAUCUGGGAUUCUCAGGAUGUCUGAGAGCUGAAACCAGCCCAGAGACAAGACACGGUUUACAGGUCUUUUAAAGUGGACCCUCAGCAGUAACCACAGUGGUUAUCCCUCCACCGUGUGCUGUGUUCUUGUGUGUGGAGAACAAAGGAAAUAUUCAGGUUCUCUCUGCCUCCUCGCCUGAUCAGAACAGAAUACCGGUUCGAUUGUCGUGUGUGAACCACAAACAUCUGGACAGAAACAUCUGCCGGCUGAGAGUAACAUAAUGUGAAGGUUUUAAUGAACAUUUUCCUCGUGGAGAGUUAAAGGGAACAGGAACAGCGCUUUGAAAUAAAGAUCACACCGAAGAUCGUGGUGCUGUUCUGCACAUGUUGGCCGUUGUUCUCUGCAGCGGGCGGUCGUAGGAGGAUCCACUGCUGCUGGGGUCUGAGCUAACGCUACCGAGCCUGGCUGCUGGUGCUGCAGUGUGGGAGCACAGACUCCGGCUCUGUGUUUCCUCGGUAACAUGAUGGAGGUGGCAGGUCCCUGGACAGAAGUGUUUGAGAGCUCGGAGAGGAAGGAGAAGUCUGGAGGAGCAGAGACGUUGCUGGGCAGCUCCACUCUGACUCUGGCUCCUCUGGUCUCCGAUUCUCCCUCCGUCCGUCGCUCCCAGCCCAUCUUCAUCACCACAAACAGGGCGAAGGACGUGGAGUCCUUCUCUUCGUCCGUCCCAUCCAUACCCAACCCCUUUCCUGAGCUGUGCAGCCCCUCGAAGUCUCCAGUGCUCAUUAAUUCACUUCCGCCUCCGUCAGGUGACAAAUACGUGAUAAAGGUGUAUGGGGAGGACAGCCACAGCAGGUCGCUGUGUGUUUGUCCCGGAGCGACAGCCAGAGAGGUGUGUCACAUGCUGGUCCAGACGGCUCACUGCAGCGACCAGGAAAACUGGGCUCUCCUCGAACUCCAUCCCACGCUCGGCCUGGAGAGAUGCCUGGAGGACCACGAGGUUGUGCUGGAGGUUCAGGCGACCUGGUCUCUCAAGGGCGACACGAGGCUUGUUUUCUGCAAAAACUACGCCAAGUACGAGUUCUUCAGGAAACCAGUGCUCUUCUUCCCAGAGAGCAUGAUCUCCGACAGCGCAGAUGUCAGCAAGGGGAUGAAAUCAUCAGAGCUCAUUCAGAACCUGCUGAGGUCUGGGACGUGUCCAGAGAUCCAGGGUUUCCUGCACUUAAAAGAACCCAGUCGUAAGACCUGGAAGAAGGUCUACUUCUUCCUCCGACGCUCUGGACUCUACUGCUCCACCAAGGGCUCCUCCAAGGAGCCUCGGCACCUGCAGUAUGUGGCUGAUCUGGAAGAUUUGAACGUGUACACUGUGGUGAACAGCCGUAAGCUGUACGGAGCACCUGCAGACUUCACCUUCUGUAUCAAGCCUUCCAGAAACCCCGUCCGUGUUCAGGACCUGAAGUUCCUGUGUGCUGAGAACGAGCAAACACGAACUUGCUGGACGUCUGCUUUCAGAUUGUUCAAGUACGGGAAGCAGCUUCAGUGUAACUACCAGUUGUCCAAGUCGGCUCCACGAAGCCUCGAAGGAAGCAACCUCACAGAUAACAAAUCAAAGUCAGAGGCCAGCCUGGUGGCCAUGGACUUCUCAGGGAAGGCCGGAGGACGGGUCAUCCAGAACCCGACAGAGGCCCAGAACGCAGAGAAGGAGGAGGGUCAAGCUUGGAGGAGGAGAGAAGCCCUGAGGUGCAGCCUGCCCAACCUCAGCUCUGCUGCGAGACCUUCCUCCAUCCAUAAGACCCAGCCGUGGUUUCACGGUGGUGUGUCCAGGAAAGAAGCUCAGAGACUGAUAGAGAAGCAGGGGCUGGUGGACGGGAUGUUCCUGAUACGUGAGAGUCAGCAGCACGCACAGUGCUUCGUCCUGUCGCUGUGUUACCAGCUGAAGACCAAACACUACCUGGUGAUCCCCUGUGAGGACGGAGGCAGGAAGUAUCUCACCAUGGACGACGGUCUGACCCUCUUCAUAGAUCUGCUGCAGCUGGUCGAGUUCCACCAAAUCAACAAGGGCAUCCUGCCCGUCUGCCUCAAACACCCGUGUGUGUGCGUCGCUCUGUAAAGCCACGGGUCCCUGUGUGACCUCUGCUCUCUGAUGUCACCUCUCCUCCUGGACCAGGAUCAGUCACCCAGACCUUUAAUCCAGGUCUAAAGUGUGAACCCCAGUCAUCAGAUUGUACUGACAUCAGUUAAGCACAGUUGAUAAAGAGCAGUUAGAUGCCUGGAUUUUCUAACCGCUCGAGUGUCUGAGCAGAGCAAAGGUGCGUGUCUAAGUGAUAAUGUUAUCAGGGUUGUGAGUCGUGGACCCGUGGGACGUGUGAGUCAGACAUGAGGCACAUCGUCUGCCCCGCAUCUCUUUAGUAUUUUUAAUUAUUUUCCACUACAUGCUCCAGACAGUGGUUGGUUUUUAUUUUUAAUUAACGAGCUGCAGUCCCCGUGGAGGCGGCUUGAUUAGCGUCGUCGGACAGACUUUUAGCGCUUUGGGGAUGUUUGGAGAAAGAGCACUUUUAAUAACGUGCACUUUGAUUUGGAGCCAUACAGCCGUGAUGAGAGGCUGAGGACGUGCACUGUGAUGAGGGGCAGCAGGGGGAAGCGUUUGAUUGCUGCAGCACCAGGGUUCAUUGAUGAAUGUGACCAUUAGAGGGCGUUUUACAGCCGUGUAAUGUAGGAGAGGAGCACAUGUAUUUUCAUGUUAACACUGAAGAGAUUUGUGAUAUUGUAAUCAUGGAAACGCCCCAGGUUGCAGUCAUGUAGCAUGUAAAUUCUCACUCUUCAGACUGUGAGGUUUUUUGUAUAUUAACUUCUUAUUGUGCCUUAAAAAUAAUCUCAUAUUAUAUUUUAAUUUCACAUACAACACCAAACCUUAAGAACUCUUUCAAUGCUGUAUUUGCACAACGAUGGUGAAGGGAAUCUUUGCUGCAACAUCUGGAUGUUUAAACAACCAAAUAUCUGAUAUUAACAGGCUUAAUGAGGCUUUGUGAAAACUUCCAGUAGGUUUUGAGCAUUAAAAUUCAAAAAUGUUAACUCGCUAAUCGCUGAAGAAGCUCUGGAGAAAGCAACUGUAGUAAGUCGACCUCAAGUUAAAACGUUCUGACAAAGCUUUUCUUUACAGGUCUGUUAUUUCUGAAAAAAAAAAAUCCCAAUAAUUUCCUACGAAGUUUCCUGGAAAAAUGAUGUGAUUUCAGACUAAUUACAGGGAACAGAGAGACAA